AGGCUUUCUCUCUCUCUCUCAGGCUCCAACGGAAAAACACACGCAAAAACAUUGGCUGAAGUUUGAGCAUCGUUCUUCAGCGGCUAAUGCAAUGGACGUUUCCAAAGAUCAAAUUGCAAUGCUUCUCGAGAAUUCUCUCUAUACUUCUGCUCAUACACUCAGUUGUUUCCUAGUUUCAUCGUCCACCGUCAAUAUUGAGACCAAUCCUAGCGUCAAAGCGGAGAACUUGGUUGUCCUUGGGGAUGCACUGUUCCAUGAGAGAGAGUACACCAGAGCAAUUCAUACAUUCAAGCAGGCAUUGCAACUGUGUAAGAUUACACCAAAGCAAAGUCCAACUGUUAGAAGUUCACUAUCCACAUCAAACAGGUCAUCUUCUCCAAAUUCUUCCAGCAUUUCAGGAAUCAAUGAAUAUGAGGUCAAGUUCAAAAUUGCAUCAUGCCAUUGUUCGUUGAAUGAAAACAGAGCUGCCCUUGUUGAGAUGGAAGCAAUUCCAAGCAAAGCUAGAAAUUUACAAAUGAAUUUAAUGAUGGGAAAGCUAUAUCGCAAUUCAAGACAUAACCGAGCUUCCAUAGGAUGCUACAAAGAAUGUAUAAGACAAUGCCCAUAUGUGAUGGAGGCCCUCACGGCCCUGGCUGAACUUGGAGUUGCUGCCAAAGAUAUCGUCUUUUUGUUUCCACAGACACCAGCUAGGAAUGUUCGGCCCCCCUUUGAUCCUUUAGAUUCAAGUCGCUGGUUGCAACGUUAUGUGGAAGCGCAUUGUUGCAUAGCAUCGAAUGAUUAUAAAGGUGGGUUGGAACUCUUUAUGGAGCUUCUGCAACGUUUUCCCAACAACAUUCAUCUUUUACUUGAAAUAGCUAAGGUUAAAGCUAUAAUUGGAAAAAACGACGAAGCCAUUAUUUGCUUUGAAAAGGUUCGAUCAAUUGAUCCAUAUAUUGUUACCUACAUGGAUGAGUAUGCGAUGCUUCUUAAGCUGAAGUCUGAUCAAUCAAAGCUGAAUAAGUUAGUGCAUGAUUUGCUGAACAUUGACCCCACAAGACCAGAGGUUAUUGUGGCUUUAUCUGUCUUGUGGGAAAGGAAGGAGGAUGAGAGGGGAGCUUUAUCAUAUGCUGAGAAGAGUAUUCGAAUUGAUGAGAGACACAUCCCAGGUUAUAUAAUGAAGGGUAACUUAUUCUUAUCCAUGAAUCGGCCUGAAGCAGCGGUGGUUGCUUUCAGGGGAGCUCAUGAACUGAGGGCUGAUCUUCGUUCCUAUCAAGGAUUGGUCCGUUCUUACUUGGCACUUUCAAAGAUCAAAGAGGCAUUGCAUUGUGCCAGGGAAGCAAUGAAGGCAAUGCCUCAAUCAGCAAAGGCUUUAAAAUUAGUUGGGGACGUUCAUGCUAGUAACUCCAGUGGAAGAGAGAAAGCAAAGAAGUUCUACGAGUCAGCCCUGAGACUGGAGCCUGGGUAUCUUGGGGGUGCAUUGGCAUUGGCUGAGCUCCAUGUAAUGGAAGGGAGAAAUGGAGAUGCGGUGUCUCUGCUUGAGCGAUAUCUCAAGGAUCGGGCAAACGAUUCGCUUCACGUUAAGCUUGCCCAAGUAUGUGCUGCCACAAACAUGUUGCAAGAUUCUUUGUCACACUACCAAUCCGCACUAAGAAUCAACCCAAGUAAUGAAGCAGCCAAGAAAGGAUUAGAACGGCUAGAGAAACAAAUGAAGGGAAUGGAUCCCGAUGCUCCCGAAGAGGACGAUGAAACUGAAGUGGAUGAUGUAGAUGGCGAUCAAAUAGAGACCGAUCUUCUAUGAUAUACAAUGAUGAUCAGUUUUUGUUUUAUGGAGGGUGCACAAAAUGAGACACCCAGCAUGCAACCGUUUGACAAACAAGGUGUGUAUGUGUUUUACACUUUUCUUCUCCUACGCUCGGCUCUGUUCACUCUUUAGCCUAGAAAAUUCGAAAGGAUUGAUCUGCUUAAUAUUAUAUAUGUGUGUAUUUUAUGUUGUUAAGAAGAAGAAUGAUGAUCAUUUUUCUUUGAAAUACAUGUUAACUCUGUUA